AUGGGCGUCCGGACAGUCGUCGCGAGCGCGGCUGCGCCUCUCGUCUACCGCUUCUUCUCAUCGCGCGAGCGCAAAGGCAAGACGCCCGAAGACGCAGAGCACCAGCCGCUCCUCACACCUGUUCCCACCUACGCAGGGGACGGCGCUGGGCGCUCCAGCGUAAGAGGGAGCCCCGAGCGCUUCAGACGGGACAGCGGGCUCGACAGGGUGCCCGAGGAGCUGGACGACGCGCCCGUGCCCGGGACAGAGCGCGCGUUCGAGGAGGCGGACGAGGACCCCCAGUGGGAUUUGGAGGAGCAGGGGCUGUAUACUGGCUCGUACAGGCGCGUGGUGGCGGCGUACACGCUCGUGCCCGUCUCUUGCCUGCUCAUGUUUGCAGUGUUCGCAGUGUUACCAAGGACAGCGUGGCAUGCUCCCAGUCCCAGUCCCGUUCCCAGCCCCUCGUUUCACGGCCGUGAGCUGCUGCUCUCGGCCGCGCUGUGGGCGCUCGCGCACCUCCUGCGCGUGCCGCUCUUCACGCUCGCCUCUGCCCUCCUCCCGCCCUUCCCGGCCGCGGCGACGGUCCUCAGCACCGCGGCGCACGUCCUCCUGCAGACGCUCUUGCGCCUCUCCUCCUUUGCCCUCCUACCUGUCCAUCUAGAGAAUCAUAGUCAUACGCGCACACCGAGCUGGCGGGACCCUGCGUUUGGCCAGGCGUGGUGGCUCGCGCUCGGGUGGGCGGCGGCGGACGCCGCCGUGGGCAUCGCGCAGGGGUACGUGCAGAUCUCGCUGUAUCGCGCCGUGCUGCUCUCGGAGGAGCAGGCGCGAGAGCUUGUGUUGAGGUAUGGCGAGGGGUUGGUCGGGCAGCCGCGGCACGGGAAGAUAUUCCUCACCGAGAGCCCGCUAGACAUCGCCGCGCCCGGAGAGGGGGUGAAUGGGAGCGGGGUGGAGGAGGCGGUGGAGCGCGAUUUGGAGGCUCUCGUGGCGCUGAAGACGCGCGAGGAGCUCGAGGAGGUGUACGGCGUGCCCGUCAUUAAAAUACCCGUGUUCGUGUCCGCGCUGCAGCGCAUCGACGCGAUCAUCUUGAGCCUGGGGCUCACGCUCCUGCUCGCCGCCGCGUACCUCCGGUCUUCCCUCGCGAUCACGCUCCCGGCCGUCCUGCUCGUGCACCUCGCACUCGCGCUGCUGUACACGCCGCCGGUGCUGCCGCGCAUCGGCGUGCACACGGCGGCGUAUGUGGGCUUGCUCGCGGGCCUGGGGUGUUUGUUUGCAGGGUUGGGCAUGUGGGGGGCGUUGUCCUUCGAGGACCUCAACAGACUGAUCGAAACGAACGAGUUGAAGCGUGUGGUGGAUAAGGUCUUCCCAUUCGAGCAGGCAAAAGAGGCCCUCCUUCAUCUGGCGGCGCAGCAACACAUUGGCAAAGUGGUCAUCCAGGUCGUAAAGGAGUAA